AUGGGAAAAAGUGGAAAGAGUAGAAACUUGGCUCUUAAGGGUAUAGAGAAAGAGAUUGAGGAUUUUGAAAAUGAAGAUGAAAGUGAAGAUAAAGAUGAAGAUGAAGAUGAAGAUGAAGAUGAUAAUAAGGAUGAGGAUCUAACCUUCAUAAUUGAUGAGAUUAUCAAACUUCUUCAAUUUAGGAAAAAGGAUAAGAGCAAACCUUCUAGGAAAUCUAAAUCCUCAAGGAAGGAGUGCUCAAACUACCUUAUGAAGGAAAAGACCAAGGAGUCAAAAUAUAAAGGGUUGGUUGCUACUUGCAGUGAUACUGAGAAUGACUCUUCUGAUAAGUAUGUGGAUGAAUGUAGUCAUAUUAUGGCCUUUGUUGCCACAACCAAUAAGGUGAUUGUGAAGAGUGCUAGUGAUAGUGAGGAUUCUUCUGAUGAUGAAGUAAAAACUGAAAAAGCUGAUCUAUUAGUCAAACUAGAUGAGACUACAAGGUUAGUUGAGACUCUUGUUUUGGAGAACAUCUCAUUAGAAGAGAAGGUCAAGAAUCUUGAGGUUGAGCUUAGUCAGGCUAGAACUCAAAUAGAGAGGAUGUCUAGUGCAAAGCUUGAUGAGGUCUUGAGUGCUCAAAAGCCUAGUUCUGAUAAGACUGGCUUAGGAUAUUCUGUUUCCUCCGACCCCUCCUCUUCCACGGCUUUUGGAUCAAGGACUGCCUUUAUGCCACAAUCUGAGAAAGGUGAUAAAGUUGUUUAG